AAAGAAAGAAAACCCGAAAAGAUGAAAAACAAGAGUCGUACUAGUAGGAAGUGUUACAAAUUGUGCAAACUAAAUAAAUUAUUUAUGCCAUAAAACCAUUCGCGAAUUUUUAUUCUAAAAACUUUUAUUCAAAUACUAUCCAGCAGUGAAUUAUGUUAAAAGUUUUUCCAUAGCUAAAAGACAAACAUGUUUAAACAACAAAAUAAUCUAAUAAAAAGACUAGUGUGUUUCUGGUUUUGUGUUGCAAUUGCAUCAGCUACAAAGCAGGGUUGCACCGAUGUCGCUCGAGAUGAAGAACCAUUAAUGGUCUUUUCAACAUUAGGGGGCGGAUUAACAGCCAUCGAUCCUAUUACAAGUGAAAUUCGUUGGUCAAUAUCGGAUGACCCUCCUGUGAUGUCCGAAAACCAACCAAAUGUGCCUGUAAAACAAUAUUUGCCAGAUCCUCGUGAUGGAAGCAUUUACCAACUGGGGGACAUGGGGGACCUCAGAAAGCUGCCGUAUACCAUACCCCAAUUAGUUGCUAACGCCCCGUGCCGAUCAUCUGACGGAAUACUAUAUUCGGGCAAAAAAAGCGACACCUGGUUUCUAGUCGAUCCGAAAACUGGUCGACGCGAAAAAGUCCUCGGCUUUGGAUCAAUGGAAAAACAAGAAGGUGACAGUAUUGGUUGGGCAACUUCUAGAUCUGUUUAUCUCGGGCGUACACAAUACACCGUAAUGAUGUAUGAUAGUCUUACAAGAGACAAAAAUAUCAAGCCGUGGAAUAUUACCUUUUAUGAUUACACAUCGCACUCAAUGGCACCCGAUGUGUCCAGUGAAUAUGAAUACAUACAUCUUGCCGCCACACUGAGUGGAGAAAUUUUGACACUAAAUCGUAAAAGUGGCCAAUUUUUGUGGCAGAGAACCCUGAAUAGUCCAAUAGUUAGUGCAUUUUUAUUAGGCUCGGAAGGACUACUUAGUGUUCCAUUCACAUCGGUUUCUGAUGAUGCUUUUAAUUCAAUUGUUGAAGAAUCCAAAGAUGGCAACGUGAAUGCCGUUGAGUUGUUCGAAUCCCUUUACAUUGGUGAACACUCGCAUGGUCUAUAUGCACUGCCAUCAUUGGUCGACAAAGACACGCCGAGAAUUUCAUCAAAACCACCAGUUAAAUUACUUGGUGGUCCAAAUAAACCUCUGAAGGAGCCCAACAACAAUGUUGUUUAUUUAAAAGAGCUCUUGGACAAAAAUAAAAACGCCAUCAUACUUGGACACUACGAAAUGCCCAAAAACGAUAUUAAGCUCAAAAUUUCUCCAUCUCGAAGUAAAGGUGCUGAUAGUCAACAACUGGCAACUAUUGUUGAAAUGAAUGGAAACAACAAUAACUUUGUUAUUUUCGAAUCUUCGGGUGGCAGUGAUGGAGUGAAAGGAUCUGUUGAAAUCGGCAUCCAAACAGAUCCUGAGACCGAAGGAAGUUCAACUGCUUUUAAUAAAACUAAAAAGUUGAUUUUAGUAAAUAGUGGUAGGAUUGGACAAAUGUUCAAUGACUGGUUGUUGGAUCAUCCUAGCGGAAGAGUACAUCAGAUAUUGAUUGUGCUUGUUCUGGCAAUGGUGGCUAUGUUUUGGUACACCUGCAGUACUGUUCGAGAACUUAAAAAUCAGAGCGAGAAUGGUUCCAAAACAUUGAACCGCAGUUCAGGAAGCAGUAAUGGAAGUUAUGAGGAUUUAAUUGAUCUUGGAGAUGGCGAAGUUAAAGUUGGUAAAAUAACCUUUAACCCAACUGAGGUGUUGGGUAAAGGUUGUGAAGGCACUUUUGUUUUCAAAGGACAGUUUGAGAAACGACGUGUGGCUGUAAAGCGUCUUCUGCCAGAGUGCUUUACCUUUGCUGAUCGUGAGGUGGCUUUGCUUCGUGAAAGCGAUGCUCAUGAGAAUGUCGUGCGAUAUUUCUGCACAGAGCAAGAUCGGCAAUUUAGAUAUAUUGCUGUAGAGCUUUGUGCUGCUACACUGCAGGAUUAUGCAGAAGGUGAGCGUGCAGCUGAGUUACGUGAACUUAUUGAAACUUGGGAAGUUCUGCGACAAUCUGCUGCCGGUUUGACGCAUUUACAUUCAUUGAAUAUAGUUCACAGGGAUAUUAAGCCGCAAAAUGUUUUAUUGUCACUGCCCGAUGUGAAUAAUCGUGUACGAGUUAUGAUUUCUGAUUUUGGUCUUUGUAAAAAACUUAAUUUUGGUAAAACAAGUUUCUCAAGGAGAUCAGGUGUAACUGGCACAGAAGGUUGGAUUGCUCCGGAAAUGAUGAGGGGACAAAGAACUACAACUUCUGUUGAUGUAUUCUCUUUGGGUUGUGUUUACUAUUAUGUUUUGAGUAAAGGACAUCACGCAUUUGGGGACACCAUUAAAAGACAAGGAAAUAUUUUGUCAAAUGAAUUUGAUUUGUCAAAUUUGGAAGAUAAUUCACCAGGGGAAGCUAGCAAAAUGAUUCUUGCUGAGCAGCUCAUCGCCGACAUGGUUCACAAAGAUCCACAAUUUCGUCCACCAUCUCGUUGCAUAACAAAUCACCCAGUAUUUUGGAAUGGUCACAAAAUAUUAGCGUUCCUUCAAGAUGUUAGCGAUCGAGUUGAAAAACUUCAAUUUACUGUUGAACCACUUAAAUCACUUGAAAAGAAUGGACGCUUUGUAGUACGGGAAGACUGGAAUCUCCAUUUAGAUUCAGUUAUCACAGACGAUCUGCGUAAGUACAGAGGUUACAUGGGUGCUAGUGUACGUGAUCUUCUCAGAGCAUUUCGAAAUAAGAAACAUCACUACCAUGAGCUUUCGGAAGAUGUCCAAAGCAUACUCGGCAGCAUCCCUAAUGAAUUUACAAACUACUGGAUAGAUAAAUUUCCGUAUUUGAUAUCUCAUGUUUAUCACGCGUUUAGCAUAUGCUCGAUGGAAAAUGCCUUCAAACCUUACUACCAUGCAAACUAUCAUUUUUCUCGCCCGGAUUAUUUCGAGGCAGAUGAUUCGGAGUUCAUAUCUCUACAACAAGAUCCAAAACCGUUACAAAAGAACACAUCAAGUCCUAAAAAAAUCCCAACAGACAAAUCUUCUCAACCUAAAGUAACAGGGAUUUAUAGAAAAGUUGCCUAUAAUCUUCGAAAGAACAAUAUGCCUGCAGAUGAAAUGAAUUCUGCUGUAGACGGUGCAGAUUCGAAUACAUUUGAAAAAAGAGAUGCAUUCGCGAAUUUCAGACUCCGCCGAAAUCAAAAACAACGAAAUUUCAACCGCAAUGUAAGGUGGACUCAAAACUCGGAUGCCACAAACAACGAGUAGAAACUUAAAUUUAGCACUGUUUGUGCUAUGAGAUGAUAAAUGAAUUUUUUUUCUAAAUGGUGACCGUUGCAAUACUAUUUCCCGCAUGUGUGAAAACAACACUAAAGACAUUCUUUGUUAUUUCUUGUAACACUGCACCAAAACCGUCUGUGAUAUCCUUCAAAUAUUAUUACCUAAGUGUAUUUUUUUUUUCGUGGACAUUCUAAAUUAUGUCAAAAAAUUUAACUGCAUUAUGUAUGUUUUUUUUUCUUAAGAAUUCAAACUGGGUGUAAAUAUUUGUAUUCAUAAAAAAUCUACACACAACUUGUGAAGUUUCUAAGAUUUAAUUUUUAAUUUUAAGUAUAUCACAAUUUUUUUAUAGAGUAAAUUAUUUUGUAAUUAUAUUGACAUUAAAUAAAUAUAUAGAAUUAUAUUA